GCAGAAACCACCACAAGCAAGAUUUGUGUGGACGUGGCCAUCAAGAAGUGGAUGAAGACCGUGGAGAAGCUCGUGGUGUUGGCCUGUGCCGCCUUCGCUGCCUCGUCUUUGUUCCUGUUGUGCUCCCUCUGCUUCCGCUUCUGGGAGGCGGUGGCCGGUGGGGCCCUGGUGGGCGGCGAAAGGUCGCAGGGUUGGGGAGUACAGGAAGUGCUGAAGGGCGAGGAAGACAGAGGAGGUGCCGAUGGCUGCGAUCUUUUCGAUGGAAAGUGGGUGCAGGACGAGAGCUACCCACUGUAUGAAUCCAAGAACUGUGCGUUCAUCGACGAGGGAUUCCGGUGCGCCGAGAACGGAAGGCCCGAUCGACUCUACACGCAGUGGCGGUGGCAGCCCGCCCGUUGCAAUCUCCCCAGAUUCGAUGCCAAGCUGAUGCUGGAGAAGCUACGGAACCGUCGGCUGGUCUUUGCCGGCGACUCCAUUGGGAGAAACCAGUGGGAGUCUCUCCUCUGCAUGCUGUCUUCAGCCGCCUCUGCGAACGACGACUCCGUGUACGAAGUCAACGGGAAGCCCAUCACCAAGCACAAGGGGUUCCUGAUAUUCCGGUUCAGGGACUACAACUGCACCGUGGAGUACUACCGAGCCCCCCACCUGGUGUUGCGAAGCCGGCCACCCCCUGACGCGCCGUCGCCUGUUAAGAGCGUGCUCAGAUUGGACGUCAUGGACCGGAAGUCCGCCGGGUGGAGGGAUGCCGACGUGCUGGUCGUCAACACCGGCCACUGGUGGAGCCAUGAGAAGACCAUCGGAAGUGGAUGCUAUUUCGAGGAAGGGGGGAAGGUGGAGCUGCAGAUGAGCGUGGAAAGCGCUUAUGAGAGAUCGAUGAAGACAUUCUUAGAUUGGAUUGACAAGGAGAUCAACACAAGCAGGACUCAGGUCGUCUUCCGUACUUAUUCCCCUGCACAUUCCAGUAAAGGUGAUGGGGAGAGUGGAGGAAAAUGUCAUUCGGAGACAGUCCCAGAUUUCAGAUUCUCGUAUGCCUUAUCAAAAUCAUGGAGCCAUUUCCUGAACCCAUUCACAGAACAACGCAUGCAGAAUUCAACUCGAUCUGCAUUGAAAGAAAUAGAUGUGUUGAAUGUGACCGAGAUGACAGCCCAGAGAAAAGAUGGGCAUCAGUCACUGUAUCAUGUUGGUCCUCUGAGCGAUGCAAGGCUUCAUAAGGAGGAUUGCAGCCAUUGGUGCUUGCCUGGGGUUCCUGACGCAUGGAACGAACUCCUCUAUGCUCUUUUCCUCAGAAGAGACUUCAAAGCUCGAGUAAGGCCAUGAUGGAUCGUCAGAAGUGGAGUUAUAUCAUUUUAAAUGAUCUACAGCAUGGCCUUCACGAUUCAAGGAUUUGUUUCUGCAUGACACUUCUCAGUCCUUGCAAGGACGAGGUGUUUCUGGUGAUCAUGGAGUUGGCCUUGCUUGAA